GCUGCGACCACCCACUUCCUGUAUAUCGCUGUAGCGAACUUUAACCAAACAUCUCGCUGCUACGAGUGGUUCAGUGCCUGACCGUGGCCGCAUGCUGACCGGGCUAAAGGCUUGAUCAUGGGGGGAACUCUGAUCAAAUGUGCCGUCACGGACCUGGGGAUCCAGUGGGUCGGCUGGGUUCUGGCUGCAACCUUCAGAACCGAGAAGUUCUAUGAUUUAGCAGGCUCUGGCACAUUUAUACUGCUCGCAAACCUGAGUCGCAUCUGGGGAGGAGCCAGUCAGACUCGUCAGAAGGUGCAGACCGGGUUGGUGACGGCGUGGGGACUAAGACUGGGGACAUUCCUUUUCAUGCGGAUCUUGAAGGACGGUCACGAUCGCAGGUUCCACAAUGUCAGAGACAGCCCUGGGACUUUCUUCAUUUACUGGACUGUUCAAGCCGUGUGGAUAUUCCUGACCCUCCUGCCCACCCUCAUGCUGAACACUGAGAAGCGUAACGUGCCUCUGGGGAUGAGGGACUACAUUGGCUGGACUGUUUGGGGUAUUGGCUUCGCUACUCAAACUAUUGCCGACCAGCAAAAGUGGCUUUUCAAGAGUAAUCCAGAUAACGCUGGGAAGUUCAUCCAGAGUGGGCUGUGGGCCUACAGCAGACACCCGAACUACUUUGGGGAGAUACUGCAGUGGUCAGGUCUCUGGCUCUCAGCCUCAUCAGUGAUGCACGGGUACCAGUACGUCAGUUUGGGGUCACCGCUGUUCGUCUGGUUCCUGCUACGCUAUGUGAGCGGGGUUCCCAUUCUGGAGAAGCAGGCUGUGAAGAGAUGGGGGUCUGAGCCUGCCUUCCAGGACUACAUCCGAAAUACUCCUCUUCUCUGGCCAUGGCCAAAGAUUUGACACUGUUUCUAUAUGUUUAUCAUCCCUCAGCUGUGAUGCACUUAAAAAGCCUCAACGUUUUGACUUUUCUGCACAAUUGUAUGCUUCUAGAAAAAAUUUAAGUACCAGGGAGUGCCGUUAUCUCCCUCUGUUUUAGAUUCAGGGUCAUUUGACACAUCGCAGUUAUAAGAAACCAAACAAGAUGUUUCUCUCCAGCCAGUGACAGAUCUGGGAUUUUUUUUAUUAAGGGCCCAUCAAGAGGUCACAUUAUUUAUAAACGGGCCAAGUAUUAGCCUAACAUCCCCACACUAGAUUCCAUUCUGGAAAUUCCUAUUUUGCUCAUUAGUGCCACUAGUGUUUUGACUUGGAAUUGCAUCCACCAUCACACCAAGAUGAGUGACAGGACAGGGGCACAUAGAUUUCUGCAGGCCAGCCCCUAGAAUAGCCAAUGUCACCAGCUCACUUUCUUUCCCUGAUGCAUCUUCACAAAGGCUGGAGACAAUGAAAAGGUCAUGUUCCAGGUUGAUAAAGCAUCUUUCUAUGUAAAAGUUGGGAAUUAUACUUAAUUUUUUUUUACAGCAGGGCAAAUAAAUCAGUUUUUUCAGCCAACAAUCUGGUUCUCACUCUGCUGGAAUCCUUUGUGGUUUGAGAAGGUUCAGCAAAUGAACAUUUGAGUUUUGCGAGAUUUCAUUUUUUAUAUAAAUUUGAAACAUCCAAUCAAACAUGAUCAAAUAUCUUAUUUCCAUCAUUUGUCUUAGAUCAUGCGCUUUUAUUGUGGACAAGCUUGGAGUUACCACGGUGCUCCAGAUACGAUCACUAAAACGGUUUUACUCGAAUCAACAUAGCAGCUAGUUAUAGCAGAUCUUUGCUCAGAACACAAAUUUAACCUUAACGCAGCUUCUCUGACAUUUUUAGAUAUUUGAUGCUAUUCUAAUCAGUUUAUAGGAUGUAAUUAAUCCUGGUUCUGAUUAGGGAUGCACCGAUACGAUACCAGUAUCGGUAAAAGUUAACCGAUACCAGGAACCGAUGCCAAUGCAGUUGCUUGAAAAUGGUUUCACUGUAACUUGUCAUUCUGUUGAUCUAAUAUUUGAGUUUUAUGAUGAUUUCCAUUCAUAUAUUUUACUUUUUAUCUCCCUCAGUCUUUUCCUGUUGAAAGCAGAGAAGAAAAUAAAAUCUGUAUUCCAA